CAUCGGUGCGUAGCGACGCGAUGUGACGUCACAAGGAGGCGCCAGAUAAUCUUGCGUGCCCAAACGCUUCACAACAUCAUCUCCGAUGUCCGAAAUGGGAGCACAGCAUCGCGCAAUGUAGAGAUGUCUGGAGCAACACGUCAAGAAGUUCUUGGUCUUUACCGGAAAGUCCUCCGUAUAGCCCGGCGUUGGCAGUCGCAGUCUGGCUUAGACAAGGACUCUGAUGUGGAGAAGAAGUACAUCUGCCAGGAAGCCAGGAAUUUAUUUAAACAAAACAGAAAUAUUACAGAUCCACAGUUGAUCAAGAAUUGUAUUGAAGAAUGCAAUGCUAGGAUAGAAAUUGGGCUUCACUACAAGAUUCCCUACCCGAGGCCGACGCACCUCCCUCCAAUGGGCCUGGCCACGCAGAGCGGACGCCGACUACACAGGCAGGUGGAACUGAGGAAGCAGGCAAAACCCAUCUACCUGCACUCUCACCAUGAAUCGGGAUGAAGGUCACAGGGGCGUCUCCAGCAGGUGGAAACGGCCAUAAAGUUGUUUUCAGUCGGGCUUUAUGCUUUAGGCGGCAGUGGGUUAUGGACUUCACACCAAUUCAGGUGUCAUACGGAUUUCAAUUUCAUGAGUUGUUUCCUUUUAAAUGUGAAAUCUUUUGAUUUGGUACUGUUUAAUGAUAAAAACAGAAUUUUUCCAACAGUUA